CACAAGGGAGUUUUCAGUUUUCAACUUAAGAUCGCCGGUGCAAGAUGUCUUUGAAUAAUAUAAAUGCCAGUCGAUUUAGUGAUGAACCGUUUCGGGUGUGGAAAAUGAAACAAAAAGUUCACUAUCGUUUCGAUGUGAGGGGUUAUGGUGAUAAGGAGACAGAUAUGCAAAACAGUCAAGUCUCCAGUGAGAGUGGUGAAUAUAUAAAUAUAAAAGCACCCAAAAAGUCAGCGUCGUUCUCUAAACUACCACCCUCAACACAACGUUCGAAUUCGGCGCCAUCGACACCCAUAACACCAAUACCACGCUACGUACGUAGUCCAUGUGAUUCAUAUGGUCAUCAUAAUAUACCAAUUAUGUCACAUCCCAUUUCACCACUGGCUAGAUCUCAAACAAAUUUAGAAUUAGUUGAAACAGGAAACGCUAGACAGGCCCUCUUACCAGUCAGCAACAGUCACGAUAUGCAUCGCGAUGAAUCGACAAUAUCACUACUGGUGCCACAGACAAUACAGGUUUCGCGGCGACCUUCAGUGAUGUUGCAGGAAAUUUUAGGUGGUAAGCGUGAACAUGGUGUGCUAAAAAAUGCUAAACAAAAUAACUAUGCUAAUGGCACCGCCACUGGUAGCACUUUAACUAUUAACUCUCCCGGUGGAGGAGGUGAGAAUGGUUCUAAAAGUUUUCAAGCCAAACAUCAAAAGGAGAAAAAUCGACGACAGGGCAAUGAUGCCAUAAGUUCUGCUCUUUCUGCUACUUAUUGCAAACUCUUAGUUUUAUUGGGCGUUUGUCUGCCCAUUACAGAAGUCAUUACGGAACAAAUACCUACAUAUGUUUAUCAAGGAUUUUAUGUUUAUUUAUACUCCUUGAGUAUAACAUUUGUGGUUUUUCUAUAUAUUUCAGCAUUUCGCAAUCUGACAUUGAUAAAUGCUCUCAAAAGUUAUCACGAAAGGAACAAUGUCCAUUUGAAACACAAAGUCACACAUUUUGGCAGUUUCUAUUUAAGAGUAGGAGCUAUUGCCUUCGCCAUCGGCACCAUGGUCUAUUCAGGCUUAGAAUUCGGGCAAUUCUUUGAGCUGAGUGGUCAAGCUGGUUGUCGAGAUGUUUUCAUUGCCAUCACACCCAUCUGUCGUAUGAUCUUGUGUAUAGCUCAAGUACAAUUUAUAUUCCUUAACACUACCUAUUUGGAUAUGGCACGCCAUAAAGUCUUCUCCCGGUUCGGUCUCAUGCAUAUGGUCGGAACAAAUCUCUGUGAAUGGUUGUAUGUUCUGGUGGAAGAAACAAAACAUGAAAUUUUUCAUAUAGCUCAUCAUGAGGGUGAACACGGAAAUGCUGGUAAUUUAUCUGCUGGCUCACAUGGUGGCGUGGAUUGGGCUGCAGUUAAUGCUACGCUGCAUGUUAAUCAUCAUAUUGGUGAUCAGGCUAAUAAUAGUACGAUUGCAGCGGUGGUUUCUCAUGUUUUGAAGAACAUUACAGAAGCUACCACCGAAAUGUCAAUGAUGGAUAGUCAUGGCUGCUCACGUACCACCAUAAUGGGAUCAUUGGUUCAACAACUCUCUCCUUUUCUAUUUCCCUGCACCAUUGAAUACUCUCUUAUCUGUGCUGUAAUUUUAUAUGAAAUGUGGAAAACUGUUAAAUCUAUUCCAGAUAUUGACAAGUCACGUAAAAACUCCAUUAAACCUGUACAUCAAAAACCUGCUCAUCAUUUCUCGGUUGAUUGCUCCCAAUCUCAUAAGGGUUUAUUCUUUGGUAUUUUAGUCAUUGUCAUGACCAUUAUUGCCAUGAUCAUGUAUUUUGUAUUGUAUACACAACCCGGCUAUGAAUUGGUUGCCACACAGGAGGUGACUAUUUGGGAAACGGUCAUGUAUUUUGGCUGUGCUGCGGCAAUUGUAACAGGCAUGAUUUUAAUGCGGGAUCUGAAAUAUAUUAAAGAUACUGGCGAUGAACAUCAUUCCAUGGAAUUGGACAAUCUUUUGCUUAUAGUAGCCCAAACAGGAGUUUACCUCUACGGUAUGUUUAGUAUUUUGGGCAGUUACUUUGCCAAAUGGGACACCGUACCCGAUCGUGUUGAGGGCAUUAUUGCCGAAGUUUUCGCUCUCAUGCAAACCUCUCUACAAACCAUGUUUAUACUACAUGCUAGUCAUCGUCGCUGCAAGGGAGCCAAACAGGUGCGCCGUAAACCGGGUAGAGAAAUUAUAACAUUCCUUUUAAUCGCCAAUAUUGCCAUAUGGUUUGUAAAUACCCUAAUUAAGGGUAGAGCGGUAUUUCGUCAAUCCCAUAUGGAAUUCUUUGGCAUAUGGGCAUGGACCAUUAUAACACACGUCUCAAUGCCUUUAUCGAUCUUCUAUAGAUUUCAUUCGACAAUAUGUUUAUUUGAAGUAUGGAAAAUCACCUAUAAAGCCAAAGCUCAUUAGUCGUUUAGUUUUUAAUUAAGUUUAUAUCUUCUUUAGAACAAAAUUAAUUUUAGUUUUGUUAAUAAUCUGUGCUAUGUAGAAUAUAGUUUGUAGGUUGUUAAAUUAUUAAACAAAUUUUAUUAUUAAUAAAGUUCUCAUGAAAUAUGUAUUUGACGGAAAUGACGUGAAAUCCUUAUUU